CAUCAAAAUGUGCUGAAUCAUGUGCUAUUUCCCACCGAAAUGAGUCAAGGUGGCCUUGUUCUUCGUUUCCUUCUUCCUAAUCGCUUGUGGAGCGGUUUCAAUAUGGUUCGCAGUUGCAGCUAAAAAUAUGGCAAUUUAUGGAAUCAUUGGAGAAAUUUUUAAUGUUGACAUCCAGCAAAUUCUGUACCUUGUCUUCCUUAUUUUAGGAAUCUUCCUGUUCUUUGUAUUUAUGUGUGGAGGCUGCAUUGCAUAUAAGAGAUUUUGUCUUGUACACUGCUGCUUUGCAUAUAUGGUCACUCUUUCGUUUUUCCUCUUUCUGGGUGUAGGAAUCGCCUUGAUAGUAGUUACAGGAAUGAUAGCCGAAGAAAUUGAUAAAGUUUGUGUUGAUUCAGGUUCUAGUAGCAUCUCAGAAUCUUUCAAAGAUCUGUAUGAUAAAGCUGAUAAUAUUUAUUGUGUGAAUUCAGCCGCUGGCUGUGAAUGCUAUGUCAACUCUACUCGCUUGUCAGGGUCUGGAUACACCAUGGUCAAUUCGUCCUCAACUGUAAUUAGAGUACAGCAAUGUAGUGACCAUCUGGAAGAAGCUUACGAGGGUUAUAAUGUUGAUUUUGAAGACUCGAGUGAGAUCGAGGAGUACUUAGGCUACUUUGGAGAAAUCGAAAAGGACUACAAAUGCUCAGGAAUGUGUUCUCUAAACGACAAAUACUAUUUCUCAGACAUUAACAUUGGAGCUCCAGAGAAGAGAUGCAUCGAUGCGAUCAGAAACGAUAUCAUCCUUGGAGAUGUCAGAAAUUAUGGAAUCGGUUACACAGUGUCAGGAGCUGUCCUCUUCGUCAUCUGGUUCGUCCAAUAUGGACUCUGCUGUAGGAGGCAGAGAAAUCCCAGACAAGGCCAGACUAAGAAUUUCUAAUCAAAGCUUGAAAAAUUUUGUUUAAAGUUUCCGUUACAGAAUUUGUAUGAGAAAAAAUUUCCAAAAACCCUGGACUUUAGUCCUUGUUGAGGGGAGUUAGAAAGCUCUUGUUUGCUCAGUUCUCAAUUUUAGCAUUUUUCUGCUUUCAAAGCAUACAAUAACUUCAUUAGUAAUUUUGAAAAAGGAGAUUAGGCCAUUUGGAUAUUUCAUAGUUAUUUACCACCAGGGUUUGUCAGCUAGAAGCUCUGAGAAGAAGCUUGGUCAACCGGGUUCUUUAAAUUUGAAAAUGAUAACUUCCAACUGUAUUGUUAAAAACUUAGAUUGAGAUGAUUUGGGGUUACAAAGUGUAAGCCAUACUAGCUGAGAUAGCCUGAGGCAUAUAGUGAAUCUGCCUGAUUAGACUCAUUAUUUAUGCUUGAAACUUCUCUCAAGUUUGUGGACUUCUUGCUCCUUAACGAGGCAACAUUAUGUUUAAAUUAUAAAUGUGAUUCGGAAUUUUAAGGUGGAUGGUAAACAAAUCCUUAAAACGGAAAUUUAGCCCUAGCUUCUGUAUUUACUUGCUUCAUGCUUUCCUUCCAAAUUAUUUAAGCUGCUUACUUCAUGUAUUGGAGGAUGCCAAAGAUGGCAUCUGGAGGGAAUCUUUAUCAAGACUGAUAGGUUAAGAUUCCAAACUAUUUGGAACUUAUUUGUCUAUUAGCAUCGAGGAAUUUGAGAUGUAGCAAAUUCUUAACUAUCAACACAAAAAUGCCUAAGCAUGUGCCUCAUAUUCCUUCUUAUAGCCGUUAGCACUAUU